AUGUUAAAGGUACGAAAAACGCAUUGCGCGUAUAGCAAAACACUGUAUGAAGAGGAUAGAUCUUUAUUUAACUGUCAGGUUUCACCAAAUAUCUAUCAUUGUAUCAAAGAUAAUAGGAACAGAUCCAUUGAGAUAUGCAUACAGCCGGUCUGGGUCAAACCAAACUAUUGCCCAGAAUACAUCACUGGUUCCUACAAUCUCGAUGUAGUUCCUUGUAAUGAGUCCACAAGAUCGUGUCCAGACGUAGAGUUUCUGUCAAAUGAAGUCUACAAGUAUCCUGUAUGUUUAAAUACAACAUUUAUUCCGGAUCAGAGUAUGACAGGGGAUGAACAAGUUUCUAAAGAUAAUGUCCUACCGCUUCCAUGGAUCCUUGUUGGAGUGGUAUUAUUAUUCAUCUGUCUUUUCAUUGCAUGCUGUGUUGUGUGGUGCCGAAAUCGGCGAAAUUUUAAGAGAAAAGAAUUUCAGAGGCGAUGUGAAGAAAGUAAUCCACUGCUUCUACAAUUUGGUCUCCUGAAACGAAGGUUCAACUGA